CUUUUCUGGCUGUCAAAGCGAGGCUGAUUGUUCUGCCACUGCAAUGAAGUACGGUAUAAUCUGACUCUCGUUGCUAUCCAAAAUUUUAAUGAAAAUCCGUGGUUGUGAUGAUGGAGAUAAGCAGCUGUGCUGGCUCAGUGUUAGAACCUCCUAAGCCGGUUUGUCGAGGUCAAGUAUCAGAAAAUGCAGCAGUCAGGGUGAAACUUGCCGGCAAAGUUUUUACAGUGGACAAAACCCUCUUGGAAGACAACUGCGAAUACUUCCGGGCGCUUUUCCAAUCAGGGAUGAAGGAAUGCCAGCAGGAGGAAAUUUGCCUUCAGGUAGUGAGCGCUCGUGGAUUUCUUGUGGCACUUCGGGUGAUUAACGGUGAGAGACCUAUCCUUGAUAGUGAGGAAAUUAUCGAAGCUGUUGAGUGUGCUGCCUUCCUUCAGGUGAAGCUUCUUCUAAAACAUCUUAUAAAUAUAAUUAAUUCUGAUAACUGUCUCCUUCUUUAUCACUCAGCUGCAACUUAUGGCUUAUGGGAACUGUUCAAAAGUGCAGCUUUGUUUAUUUGCGAUAUGUACCAAGACCUUAAGGACGAUGUACAGUGCUUGCCAAAGGAACUUAUUGAUUACAUUGAAUCUCUUAUUCCUAGUAAAUAUGUUACUAUCGGGAGCCACUCACCCACCAUUAAGCUGCUUCAGGACUUUAUGCGAACAAUUUGUUAUCUUGAUGAGGAUGAGAAUGACUGGAAAGUUCUCACUCACCUUCCAAUUAACACCAGCACUACCAUGGCUGGGGUCACUGUGCUGGAUGACAAGAUCUUCAUUGUUGGGGGUGUGUAUGACCUUAGCAAUAAAGUUGUAGACUCUGGCUUCUGUUAUGAUGUAACGUCAGAUAGCUGGACUACGUUUUCAAGCCCACAACAACUCCGGUAUAACUGUACCCUGGUGGGACAUGAAGGCUAUCUUUAUGCACUUGGUGGAGAGUUUGAAAGAUCCACUAUGUCAUCUGUGGAAAAAUAUAACGUGUCUACAGGCACAUGGAGCUUUGCUGCUCAUCUUCCAAGACCUGCUUCAGCUGUAGCUUGCACCACGACCAUGGGUAGAAUAUUUAUCUGUCUAUGGAAACCAAAAGAUGCCACCGAGAUCUAUGAAUAUGUGAUAGAUAGAGAUGAGUGGAGUCUAGUCACCACACUUAUAAGACACCAAAGUUAUGGGCAUUGUAUGGUGGCACACAGGGACAAUUUGUAUGUGAUGAGGAACGGGCCAUGCGAUGACUUCUUGAGAUGCGUGAUGGACUGUUAUAACCUGACCUCAGGUCAGUGGACAGCCAUGCCAGGACAGUAUGAGAACAGCAAAGGUGCUUUAUUUACUGCAGUAGUAAGAGGUGAUUCUGUGUUUACGGUGAAUCGGAGAGCGACGGUGGAGUAUGCCAUUGAGGACAGCAAAUGGAGGACAAAAAAAGAGAUGAGAGGUUUUCCAAGAAUUGGCUCCAUGUGGACGUUUCUCUUGAGACUGCCAAAGAAAACCAAAGAACCUUUGGGAAAGGAAGGUUUGACAAAUUGCCAAGUUUUUACUGCGUCUUCUCGCGUACUUCCAAGCUCUUCUGUAGAGUGCUAUUAUUGACUACACUGUAACCA